UUUUUCUCAGGAGCAGUGUUUAGUUUGGGUAAUUGUGUUGAGUGCUGAUCGUGUCAUGAGCAGCAUUAAAUUAAUGCUGGGCUUUCGUAUUUCUCGAUCAUUAUGAUUGAGAGCAGUGCUGCAGAGACCACAGAGCUGCCCUGAAUUCGAUGCAUGCAGCCAAAAUGGAGGGGCAGGCCGAAGUGUAUGUGUGUGUGUGUGGGGCAGUGCUACUAUGCGAGCUUUGAUACAUUUGUCAAACCAGUUUAACUCCACCUGGUGGCCUUCUUGUGCUUCUCCCCUCAGUCUCCCACUGCAUGGAGAUGGAUCUCUCAUAGUUCACUUUGAGUGAGGGAGAGAGAAAUCAAGAAUAGCACCAAAAAGGGCUCAAAAGUCCCUUUCCUGAUGGUAGAACAAGUUAGUGCCUGUCCAUAUUCUUUAUUCUCACAUGGAUGUCCCCAGUGCCUUAAUAUUUUUUGGUGGUUCUGCAUGAUUACAAAAAGUCUUGAGAUGAUGAUGCUGUGUGGGAUUUCGUAUAUAAUAUGAUGCUGAAGAAGAGGAGCAGGCCAGUUCUCAAGGAUCAGAGCAAAGGGUACCUCAUGUCUCACUCAACCUCUGAUGGUGUGGUGAAAAAGAGUUCAACUAGCUCCUUUCUCAGUGUUCCUGGCCUGCUUGUGGGAUUCACCAGUAAGGGCUCAUCAGAUUGUGAUGCAGUUUGGAGCCCUACAUCUCCCUUGGACAAGGUCUUUUCUAGUAGAGGAAACUCAAACCUUGGCUCCCCUACUCCUGGAAGCUCCAAUGGCAGGCUUAAAUGUUGGGACAGCAGCAGAGUAGGGCUUGGCCUGGUUGAUUCCCUCAAGGAUGAUGAUGAGAACAAACCCUGUGGGAAGGCCUUGGGGAACAGGAAUAUUGUCUUUGGUUCACAGAUAAAGUUUAACAUCUCGAUCCCUAAACCUUGUGGAAUUUCUUCUCAGCAGAAUUUUGUUUCAUCCAAGUUUCAUUCUAAUUCUUCAGGGCUGGGUCUAGAAUCCAAAGAGGCUAAGUUGCAAAAUGAGGAGUUUGUGUUACUGCAAUCUUGUUCUGUCGAUACGGGUCGACUGUCUUUGCUCCUUACAAAGUCGUUUUGCAAUAGCUCCAGCAAUUUGCAAUCUGAGGUUCAAUCAGAUUCUAUGAACUCUGUGUUUGGCUCUACACUAGCUAAAGGGAAUGCCAAUUUUGAGAAGCUUUUGGGGUCCCUUCCAAUCUCUCUUGACUCUUCUCAUUGGUUGCUUAGUACCCUCUCCGCGAGUGAGAUCGAGCAGUCGGAGGAUUAUACUUGCAUUAUAUCUCAUGGACCUAAUCCUAAAAAGACUCACAUUUUCGGAGAUUGUAUACUCGAAAGCCACAACAUUGAAUCACCAUCUUUUAAGAAAACUGAUAGGAAGGAGGAGAAAGGGUGCACUUGGCCUCCAAAGCUCCCCGAGAAUUCGGUAUCAUGCUCUUCUUGCAAGAAGAAAUCAGAAGAGGGAAAAGACAUCUUCGUGCAUAGUGACCAAGAAAGAGAAAAGAUGAAGAAGCCCAGCAUAUUUUUAGCUGGCUCUCCUGGUUCAUCAUUCAAUGAGGAAACAUUGCUCGAUGAGAUGGCUUUGGCCUCAUGGGAUUGAUGAUCCUUCAGGCAUGGAGAUAAAACGGUUUGAUCAUCUGUCUAACAAGAGCUGUCGAUGCGAUGUGCAAUCGAUCUGUUUUGCAGCCAUGGAUGAUCGAAAUGUACAUUCAUUUGUUUGCUGAUUGUGUUUCAGAGUCCACAGUGGUGGUAAUGGGAUCUUGCAGGGAACUGUUCCACCACCCUUUCUUUCUUUUUUUGUUUUGUUUUCUGGACCUCAGAUCAAAUUUUAUGGAUGAUGUUGAUCAGUGAGGGUGUUAUCCACUGCUUGUCAAUUUUCCCUAUGAACUACAUAAAUUAUCAAUAUGAAUGGUGUCUUUCGGGCA